AUGGUCGCCGAGGCGGUCGGGUUCAUGAUGUCCCGCGCGGCGGACGGCGGGGCCAUGGCGCCGGAGCUCGUCACCCGGGGCUUCCUCGGCGGCUGCCAGGCGCCCGCCGCCGACGACGACCCACGCUCUGUUUUCUCUCUUCGCGUGUUGGCUUUCGCUUCUUCCUCUUCCCUGCUCAAUUGGGAUUGGACCGGACCGUACGCACUCUAG